AUUUUCUCUACACCCGCUCUACUAACAAAGUAGUCUUUCUCAAUAUUCCUUUAUUCAACCAUGUCUAACGACGGCAAGCUCAUGAGAGACGAUGCCCAGAUUGCUGCUGGCGGAACCAAGCGCACUAUUGGCAAAAUAAUCCGCAAUGAAGCCAUGGUGGCCAGUGGCAAUGAGGAAAUGGCCGCUGCCCGAACAGAUAAGCAGCGAAUCCAUGGGGAUGCACACAGUCAUCACUCUGGCAGCACUGGCAAGUCCAGCGGCGACAGCCCAGAGGGAAUGAUCCGCCGAGCGACACAAGAUAUCGAGCAAGGUGUGGAGGCUGUGACUGACCCCAUCGUCCACGGGUACCACGAUCUCUUUGGCGAAAAGCCCAAGCACCCCCUCCACCCUCACCCCCACCACCACCACCACCAGCAAUAGCUUUGUUCUGCAAUUAUUCCGCUUUUUACCAAAUAUAGAACGUCG